UUCUGGCUUUUGCUCCUCUCUAUAUAUAAAAAAGUGAUCGAUGAAUGAUGAUCGCCUUCUGUAUCCUUUGAUUAUCUUUCGAAUCUCCUUGUUUGAUAUAUAAUCGUGUUUCUAGGGUUUUGCUCGAUUUUACCGGAUUCGGGUGGGAAAUCAACAUCUGAUCGAGUAUUCCGGACGGCCAUGGAGGGAUUUAUAUGAGCAUACAGGGACAGAACAACAUCUCAUCAACUCUCGUUGGUCCUCCAAUCAAUUUCUCUUUUAUCUUAAUAUAAUCAACUCUCGUUGAUCUCUUGAAUCACCCUCGUUGAUCUUAUCUAAUCAACCCCUCGUUGAUCUAACUAAUCAAUUCUCGUUGAUCUUCUCGAAUCAACCCCUCGUUGAUCAACAAUUAGAAGUCUUGUGUGUAUAUCUAGGAAUGAGAAAAGGAAGGAUCUUGGUCCGGUUAUUUUCAUGGUUUGGCUUGUUUUAUACCGAUUCGGGUGACGUUGAUCCUUAGCCGCUGAUAUGGGAUGGAUAGAGUUUUCAGGACUAUCAGCGAGGUAUCAAUAUAAGAGUAGGGAAAUAAACAACAUCUGAUCAAUUCUUGUUGAUCUUAUUAUCAACUCCUCGUUGAUCUACUUAUCAUCUCUCGAUGAUCUUAUCAUCAACUCUCGUUGAUCUAGUUAUCAUCUCUCGAUGGUGUUCUAAUCAACUCUCGUUGAUCCUGUAAUCAUCAAUUCUCGGUGAUAAAGAAAGGAAUGAUCUUGAACAAGGUUAUUGUUUGUUCUUUUAAACUGAAAAGAAGAAACAGAUGUACACAAAAAAUUAGGGAGGGUGUGUAUAUGGCCUUUGCCAUGACAGGUGCGCUUGCUUGGCAGGUCACAAACCCCUUAAUAAAAAGAUCUAAUUUUUGGUUUCGUGGAGGGAUGAGGGAUGUCACAGGAUUGGUUAAUAAUACACUUUCUUGGCCCGGCUCUCUCUCCCUCCGGACUGUGUGUCUUUGUUCCCUCUUGUUUUCUUGCUGUUUCAUAUGCUUCUUGCAUAAGACAGAUAGACAAAGAAGAUCAUAGACCCCAA